ACGACACAAAAUGGACGAGGUUUUCUCAUUGCACAUGGAAAAACUCGACGUAUAUGACGUGCUUCUCUUGGCUGGCAUUCUUUCGGUGAUAAUUUUAAUAUGUAUUUAAAUUUUUGCCUCU